UGUUUAACAACAGAAAUCUGGACAUCUCAAGCCAAUCAGGCUUAUAUGACAGUUACAGCACAUUUCAUAGAUGUGAAAAACAAUAAAAUAAAAAAUUUUGUAUUAGAAACUAAAGAAUUUUCAGGAAAUCAUACAGCUGAACGUAUUGUAGAACAUCUAGAAGAUCUUUGUAAUAAAUGGCCAAUUAGUGAUAAAAUUAUAUCUUUAGUAUCUGAUAAUUGUAGUACAAUGAGAAAAGUUGAAAUUGAUUUUGGUAAAGGUAUUAUUUCUUUUAUAUUUUCAGGCUAG